AUGAUGAAAUGCCCGCCACCUGCAGUAGAAAAUUGUGAUGGGAUUUUCUUGUCCUAUGACUUCCUCUCUCGGACGAAAGAAUUUCCACAUGUGAAGAAUGCAACUGCACAAUCUUGGGCCUUCAAUUCCACAUCAACGGUAUUGAACACGGGCAAAUUCGAGCUCAAAGCAUGGAAGAUUUUUAUCGGGUUUCAACACGAAGAGAUUCUAGUUAAUGCUGGAGGAGCUGUUUUAAUGGAUGGUGAUGAUUUCCCAGCUGCAGUUGGGAAUGGGAGUUAUUUUUCAGGAUCUCCUCAGGCGGAUUUGAAGACCUCAAUUGACACUGCUGGAGAUCUUACCCAAAUUCAAGUCAAAAUUCAGUUUAGUGGCACUCAGUUUGGAGUGAAACCACCUGGGAUUCCAAUGCCUAAAACAAUAAGGCUUGUUAAUGAUGGAUACAAGUGCCCAGCACCAACUCGUCGUAAGACCUCGAUGUAUGUAUGUUGCGCUAGAAACCCAAAAUUUAAGGUCAAAGUUCUAAAAACGAAGUUCUUACCGCGCCAGAAUGGAGAUCUUACCAUUUCCUAUGAUGUUCUUCAAGCCUAUGGGAAUAACUAUAUUGCCCAGGUGACCAUGGAGAAUAAAAACCCUUUAGGACGUCUUGAUAAUUGGAACUUGACUUGGGAGUGGUUGAGAGGGGAAUUUAUAAGCACAAUGAAAGGAGCUUACACACAUAAAAUAGACUACGCGGACUGCAUUUAUGGGGUGCCUGGUGAAAUUUACACAAACAUGGAUUUUUCUGAAGUCAUGAAUUGUGAAAGGAAGCCAGUCAUCAGUGACUUGCCUCCAGAAAAAGCAAACGACACAAUAGUAGGAAGAAUACCCUAUUGCUGCAGAAAUGGAAGUCUUUUGCCAACCAUCCUAGAUCCAAGCAAAUCAAAGUCAGUUUUUCAAGUUCAGGUGUAUAAAAUUCCGCCUGAUGUGAAUCGGACAGCUCUUUAUCCCCCUGAGAAAUGGAAAAUUGUAGGCACUCUAAAUCCAGACUAUAAAUGUGGGCUUCCAAUUAGAGUGGAUGCAACAGAAUUUCCAGAUGCUAGUGGGCUUUCGGCAGUAACCACAGCAAUUGCAACUUGGCAAAUAGUCUGCAACAUCACAAGACCAGCCAAAAGGAACUCUAGGUGCUGUGUUUCCUUCUCUGCCUAUUACAAUAACUCUGUUAUACCUUGUAAUACAUGUGCCUGUGGUUGUGGUGACAAUAAAAGAUGCAAUCGGGAUGCCCCGUCUAUGCUUCUCCCUCCAGAAGCUCUUCUUCUUCCCUUUGAGAAUAGGACACAAAAGGCAUUAGCUUGGGCCAAAAUAAAGCACUACAACAUUCCUAAGCCUUUACCUUGUGGUGACAAUUGUGGGGUUAGCAUAAAUUGGCAUGUCAACACAGACUACAUGAGUGGAUGGACUGCCCGGAUCACUUUAUUCAAUUGGGGAAAAAUGAAUUUUGAGAAUUGGUUCACUGCAAUUCAAAUGAAGAAAGCUUAUCGAGGUUACAAAAAAGUUUAUUCUUUCAAUGGGACAUUAAUUCCAGAGCUCAACCAUACCAUCAUCUUUCAAGGUUUACCAGGCUUGAAUUUUUUGAUGGGAGAGACAAAUGGAUCAGACCCAACAAAAGAUCCAAGAGUACCAGGAAAGCAACAAUCUGUCAUUUCCAUUACAAAGACACAAACCCCGGGUAUUACAAUAGCAAAAGGAGAUGGAUUUCCUUCAAGGGUCUUUUUCAAUGGGGAGGAGUGCUCACUUCCUACAAAAUUUCCUAUGAUGAGUAAUGGGAAUCAAUAUCUGUAA